AUGCGAACCUACGAGGACACUUUCUCCGGCGCGAGAAUUUACCCUGGCAAGGGUAAGCUCUACGUCCGUGGCGACAGCAAGAUCUUCCGAUUCCAGAACGGCAAGUCGGAGUCUCUCUUCCUGCAAAGGAAGAACCCCCGCCGUAUCGCCUGGACCGUCCUCUACCGCCGACAGCACCGCAAGGGUAUCUCUGAGGUACGAAUCUACCAACUUGAGCAGCACUCACGAUGGCUAUCACUGCUGCUGGAGGUUGCCAAGAAGCGAACCCGCCGCACCGUCAAGGCCCAGCGAGGCAUCGUCGGUGCUUCUCUCGACGUGAUCAAGGAGAAGCGCAACAUCCGACCCGAGGCCCGUUCCGCUGCCCGAGCCCAGGCCAUCAAGGAGAGCAAGGAGAAGAAGCAGGCCGAUGCUGCUGCCAAGAAGUCCGAGAAGGCUAAGCUCGCUGCCCAGGCCUCCAAGGGUCAGGCUACCCGACAAGUCAGCAAGCAGGGUGCCAAGGGCUCUGCCCCCAAGGUUCAGGCCAAGAGCCGUUAA